AUGACAAAGUUAAUUAUAUCAUCAUCUGUGUUUCAAUCGCAAGUUGCGGACUUACUACCAUGCAAUGGUUAUAAGAAAUCUCAACUCACAUAUUCAUUACUGCAAGCUUAUAAUUUACUGCAAUAUUUUGAUGUGGUGAUCGAUAAGCCAUAUUGUUCUAAAGAAGACCUUUUACGUUUCCAUUCCGCGAUAUAUGUGGAUCAACUAAUGAAAGGUACCCUUAACGCCGUGCAAGAUUAUGAUAAAAGUGAAGACGAUUGGGAUCAAUUGAAUGAAACUAGUGAACAUUGGUAUGAUUCCGGCGAUAAGUUUCGUUCAGAGAAGAGAUUCCAUUCAAGAGAAGAUUUAUAUGAACAUUUUAAGACAAUUGAAUUUGAUCAAAAUAUCAAGAAUGAUUCUUAUGAUAAUAUUCGGUUGACAAAAAGAAUGAAAUUGGAGAGUGUUACAUUAAGUAAUGAUGAAUUAUUAAAAACAUUUAACUUAACGGGUGAUUGUCCGUUGUUUUCGUAUUUACCAAUGUAUAUCCAAGUAAGCACUGGUGCCACCCUCGCAUUGGAGAAUCAUAUCAACCUUCCAUCACCAGAUCAAAAUAAUUCUGAAAGAAUUAUUGGCAUAAAUUGGGAUGGUGGGAGACACCAUGCUUCUAAACAAAGAGCUAGUGGAUUUUGUUACGUUAAUGAUAUAGUCUUACUAAUACAAAGAUUGCGUAAGAAAGGAUUUCAAAGGAUCAGUUAUGUAGACUUUGAUCUUCAUCAUGGUGAUGGUGUAGAAAAUGCUUUCAAAUAUUCCAAUUUUAUUCAGACGAUAUCCUUGCAUUUGUAUGAGGCUGGUUUCUUCCCUGGCACUGGUGACCUAAAAAAUAACAAAUCUCCAAAUUUAGUUAAUAUUCCUAUGUUACACGGAUUAAACGAUACAUACUUGCGAACUAUAGUUGAUAAGAUCAUUAUACCUUUAAUUGAUCAACAUGAUCCACAAAUAAUUGUCAUACAAAGUGGCGGAGAUGGUUUAUCAGGUGAUAAAUACAAUGAGUGGCAACUGAGUAUACAUGGACUAACAAAAUGUAUUCUGGAAUUGAUUGAAAGAUUCACAAAAUGUCACUGUGUUGUCCUUGGGGGAGGAGGGUACAACGAAUUGAUUAUGAGUAGGUUCAAUACGUUUCUUACAUGGAACAUUGUGCGAAAAUACUCUUCUAAGGUACAAGACAGGUUGAUCAAGGAAUAUAUUGAAGAUGGCUUCGACUACUUAAUACCAGAUCAUGAGUUCAUAGACCUAUAUACAGAUGAUAACUACAAGUAUUGGUCGUAUGAAGAACCUGGAAACGAUAAAUGUAAGACUCUAAGGAAUUACAAUACUCCAAAACAUCUCGAGGAAUGUUUCACGAAGAUAUUCCCCAAGAAGUCACCUCCUCAGGAGUCUGUUAUGCCACCACCUCCAUAG